GAAAUCAUGGUGGGUCUGUUCGUUCUAUGAUCCCAGUCCCUUCCCCUCACUACAAAUCUAGGACCACAGAACAUAGGAAAGCAAGACAAGUAAAAUGCCCAGAGAAUCAUCUUGGAAUUUGGUGUCUACAUCACCUUGUGACCUUCAUCUUCACAUACAUGGUACGAUUUGCAGACUUAACAGAGAACUUGUGGUUGCAAAAUCAGCUAAAUUAGCCAUCCUACUCAAAGAAUGCCACCAUGAAGAGAAGCCUUCCCUUUCACUCCCAGACAUCCCUGGCGACACCAAAACCUUUGAGCUAGUUGCAAGGUUCUUCUAUGGUUUUGAACCGAAUCUCUCUGCUUCCAAUGUUAUCCCUCUUGCCUCUCUUGCUUACUAUCUAGAGAUGACAGAAGUUCACAGUCCCAAUAACCUCUUGAACAAGUCCCUUGCCUUCUUUGAGCAGAGAGUCCUUCCCAGCUGGAAUGAAUCCAUUAAGGCCUUUAGAACUUCAGAGAAUGUUAUUAAGCAAGCUUCAUCACUUGGUUUAAUCGAUGCCUGUUUGGAUUCACUCACCAAGAAGGCACUUUCAGAUCCCCACCUUCUUGGUGGACCAAUCCAAGAUGACAUUAAUGACAACAACAACAGCAACAGCAACAACAAUGGGGAGAGUUGGGUUUCUAGGAGGAGGCUUUUUGUUCAUGACUGUCAAUCAGAAGAUUUGAACACAUUGCCUCUCUGUCUUUAUGAACUCAUCAUGUUGGCCAUGAUUAAGCAUGGUGUUCGAUCAGAAUACAUAGCUGGGUCACUUUUCCGGUAUGCAAAGAAGUGGGCUUUCACAGAAUGUGGAGAGGCAAGUGUAUUGAUGUAUGUGAAGAUGGUUCCUCAGAGAGAAGUCAUUGAAGUUGUUCAGAGGCUUUUGCCUGAUAAAAGAAGCUUAAUACCUUGCAAGUUAUUGUCUGAAAUGCUCCGAGCAGCGAAUGCCUUGCAAGCAAGCUUGGAUUGCAUAAAUGGGUUUGAACUUAGGAUUGGGAAACAACUUGAUGAAGCCACUGUGGAAGAUCUCUUGAUACCUUGUCAAAAUUACUCGAGGGAAAUGCAGUAUGACACACAGUGUGUCAAGAGAAUUUUGAAGAACUUCUAUGGGAAUUACCCAUCUAAAGAUGAUCCAUCUAAGCUCAUCACAGUUGCAGUGCUGAUGGAUGAGUUCUUGGCAGAGGUUGCAGGGGAUAUUGAUAUGCAGAAGGACACAUUUACAUCAUUAGCAGAGAUGUCGGUUGCUGCAUCAAAUGGGACUGGAAGGAAUGCUGAUGGGAUAUAUAGAGCCAUUGAUAUUUACUUGGAGAAGCAUGGUUUCCUGACGGAAUCAGAGAGGGAUGAGGUAUGCAGGAUGCUGGAUAUCAAUAAUAUUUCAGCCGCGGCACGUGGACAUGCAGCGAAGAAUGAGAGGUUGCCGCUGCGGGUGGUGGUACAAGUGCUGUUUGUGGAGCAAUUGCAGCUGAGGAAUGUAAUUGCCAAUGAAAUGCAAGGUUUAGAGGAGAGGUGGGGAAGGGAGGAGGAGGAGGAGGAGGAGGUGGGGGUGGGAGGUGGGGAAGAGGAGGAGGUGAGGAUAGAGAUGGAGGAGAUGGAUGGGAGGGUGAUGGAGUUAGAGAAGGAGUGUUAUAAGAUGAGGAGAGAGAUUGAGAUGGGUGGGAGAAGCAAUUCACUAAAGAAGGACAACGGGAGCUUGUGGAAGCAAUUGAAGAGGAAGCUUGGGUGCACUAGUAGCAUUCAUUGCCAUGUGAAAAAAAGAGGAAAAAAAGAGGAACAUGCAUACAAGGGAUUUUCUAUUAUCUACAAAUAGGGAU